AGCUCUUGUAUGUAAUACGCUUGAAUUUUCUGAACUGUCUUGUCUCAUUCGUAAUUUGCACAUAAAUAAAUGUAAUCUAAUAUGAUAAUCGCAUAAAGCGAUUCGUGUGCCAUCAAUUGAUCAUUUAUAAUGACAGAUCGUGAAACGACAGAAGAUGAAUUUGAUCAUCAACCGAGUGUGGUGUUACCACAUUUGCAAGCAAAUGAAAAACGGUUUUUCGAAAUAGUCGCCGACGGAAAUGUCGCCGAAGUGCGUUCGUUUCUCGAAGAAUAUCCAGAUUUCAAUGUAAAUGCCGUAAAUUUUCAAGGUGUCAGCGCGCUUCACAUCGCCGUUAAUGAAAGAAACAUACCGAUGAUCGAAUAUCUAUUAUCUCAUCCAGAUAUCGAUCCGGGCGAUACGCAUCUGCACGCAAUCAGGGACAAUCUCGGAAGAAUCGCCGCGUUGAUAAUGGACAAGUUGAACGAAUUGACGCCCGGUCUCGAAUAUGCCGGCGUCACUCACAGUCCUGAUUUCCCAGAUGAUACCACGCCUCUCGCCGUGGCAGCCCAAUGUGGACACUUUGAAAUAAUUGAGAUGCUCAGGUUUCGACGUCACAUUCUGGAAAAACCUCAUCCACCCAGUUGCAACUGCGAAGAAGUUUGCGUGUACAACAAAACGAUUGAUAAACACAAAAGCACAAAAAAAUUAAUAUCGAAAAAACCGGAAAGAGAAAAGACCGAUAUCUUGACUUUGGAAAAAAUGCGAUUGUUUCUGUACAAAGCAGUGUCGAAUCCCGCAUACAUUUGUCAAACCGAGGAGGAUCCGAUUCUACGAGCUUUCGAAUUAUCAGCCGAACUCAAUAGAGAAGCUUCCUUCGAUAAAGAAUUUUAUCCUUUCUACAAAGAGUUGUCUGAUGAAGUGGCCCAAUUCGCGACGGACUUGAUAGCGUGCGCUCGAAAAGCCGAAGAAGUCGAGUGCGUGCUAAAACAAACCGCCGGUUUCGGUCGUACUUCUACUUUCGUAUAUCCACGUCUCUUGUUAGCUCUGGAUUACGAGCAAAAAACGUUCGUGGCUCAUCCGAACGUACAACAGAUCCUGGAGAGUCAGUGGAUCGGAACCUGGCACAGUUGGAAGGUCAGAAGCAUGUGGGUGAAGUGCUUGUCGGUAAUCCCGCAGAUGUUCAUGUUACCAUUUAUCGGAUUUGUCAUAUUGUUCGCGCCGAACUCAAAACAGGCGAGAUUCUUCAAAAUCCCGGUUAACAAAUUUCUCUCGUCCGUGGCGAACUAUUUUAUAUUUCUCACGUUUGUGUUUCUGCAGUCGCAAAGCGACAAAAUCGAACAGCUUCGUGGUCCACCCAAUACUGGAUACGAAGUGGUUCUCGCUGUCUACGUAAUAUCGUACAUACUUGCGUUCAUUCGAUUAUGCAUUACGGACGGUCCGGGCAGAUGCUUCAAAUCGCGCGCAAACUGGUAUGAGUUUAUAAUGCUCGUGCUGUUCGUUUUGACGUUUCUCUUCUGGAUAGUUGCCGCUUUGGACGUCAGAAUAAACGGUCAGCGUGAUCUAGAGAGAAAGUAUUGGCACAAGUACGAUCCGACUUUAAUAGCAGAAGGAAUAUUUUGUCUCGCGGCGAUCAUGGCGUUCUUUAAACUGUUAUUUAUCUGCCAGCUGGACUACGAUCUCGGACCGUUGCAGCUUUCUUUAAUAAAAAUGAUCAGAGAUGUCAUGCAUUUUGUUGUGAUAUUCGGUAUCAUGAUUAUAGCUUUCACCGUUGGACUGUGUCAUCUUUAUCAGUAUUAUGACGGCAUGGUGCAGACGGAUGACGAGUCGAAACUGAAGACAGAACAAGAGAGUUCCUUCGUCGACUUCAAGUCCACCUUAAAGACUCUCUUUUGGGCGAUUUUUUGCAUGAGUCCGGUAGAAAGCGCCGAUGUGAUAAUCGAAAACCUUCCGGGUGAAAGGGAGUCUGAAACAAUAAUCAAUCGUCACAGCUUCACCGAAUUUAUCGGUUAUCUUUCUUUUGGCAGCUUUCAGUUUAUUUCCGUGGUAGUCGUUUUGAAUAUGCUAAUCGCGUGUAUGGCGAACACCUUCACCAGAGUGACCGAUAACGUCAACAUAGAGUGGAUUUUUGGCCGAACUGAAGCUUAUGUUGAUUUUAUGCUGACGACCACGCUUCCACCUCCAUUCUUCAUAUUCUCGAUAUUCACGGGGUUAAAGCCGAUUAUCGAGUACAUUAAAGUAUUGAUUAAGCCACCACCCGGCAAACGAGCACGAUGGGACUUUACAAAUUAUUUAGAAGAAAAGAAGGACCAUCAUUUCGCAUCGAUUAUGGCACAACUGGUGCAACGUUAUUUCCGUCAGCAUAGAGAAGCGGUAGAAGAAACGGACAUGCAAAAAUUGAGAAAGGAAUUGAUGGAAUUCAGCAAUAUUCUGAAGGAAGCUCUUAGUCCGUCUUAA